UAGUUUCCGUCGUGAAAUUAUUUUAUGCAAAAACCUACAUCUUCACAUCUUUGUACAAGCAUGAAGCAUGUCAAGCAUGAAAUUGACAGAAGGAAAAAUUCAUAAACAUAACCUCAAAAAGCGUAAUUUGUUUUGAAGAUAUCAUUAUUAUUUUAUGAACCAUUUAUUUUAGUUUGUGUUAACACUACCACGAUCCUUUCUAGUAAACGACAAUGGCAGAGUCAGGACCGUUCUCAACCAGCACGGCGUUUUGUGCCCGGUGUGGUUCCAUUUUGCCACUGCUAAACGAAUUUGGCUCUGUGAGGUGUUAUGCCUGUAAAACUUCUUAUGAUGCUGACAAUUUCAGCGACUUAAAAUUUGACUACACAAUACAUUUCAACACGGUAUCUGUGGUGACACAUGAGAACAUACUGAGUACCGACGGACCCGAGGGUCCCGUGGUUGAGAGAAAAUGUCCCAAGUGUGGCAAUGAUAGAAUGUCUUAUGCGACCCUGCAGUUGAGGUCCGCUGAUGAAGGGCAGACUGUCUUCUAUACGUGUAUAUCUUGCAAAUACAAGGAGACAGAAAAUUCUUGAAGAAUUACCUAUCAAUGUUAUUUAAUCUGUAAUCAUAAAGUAAAUUUUUAUUCCACUA